UGAGUUUAGUUGUUCCAUCGAUUGUACAUUUAAUAAGUCAUCUUCAUGAUAUUAAACAAGAUAUUUCAUUCUGUUCAAAACUCGUCGAACAACUUCAAGAAUCUAUUAAAACACGAUUUUCUGGUAUUACCAAUCGGUUAAAUUUAGUUGAUGUUGCUGAAAAUGAUCCCUAUGGUGAUACAUUAUAUUUCAUGGCUGCUGUUUUGGAUCCUGCUUUUAAAUUUUACUGGAUUCGAGAUUUACAACUGCCGAUUCAUAUGGAAAAUCGGCUAAAACAAAAUAUAAUUCAAUUGAUCAUUGACGAAAUGAACAAAGAUUCAAAAAAAUCAAAAAAUGAUUUAAAUAAAGUUAGUUCAUCUUCAGCAACAAUAACUUUUACUGCAACAUCAAAAGUCAAACGUCGAAAAUUAUUUAAUUACGAUGAUAGUAAUAUGGAUGAUUCGAACGAAUCAACAACACUUGAUCCAACAGUUGAAUUAAAUGCUUAUUUAAACGACCCAGUACGCACAAAAUUUUCCGAUUACUGGUUUCAUUCUCAAUUGAAUAUGCUAAAAAAGAUGGUUAUACGUGUAUUCUCAGUCCAAGCAUCAUCAGCACCAAUUGAACGUGCAUUCUCACAUGCAGGACUGAUACUGUCGCAAAGAAGAACAAAGAUGAACGAACAUUUAUUUCGAGACUUGGUUUUUUUACGUGUGAAUCAAAAGUUGUUAUAAAUUAUUUGUUUUAUAUUUUCUAUGUGUAUGAUUUGUUCUUGUCAGAUUCUAUUGUUGGUUUUCUGUUAAAUUUAAAUUUGUUAAUUUCUUCUUCUAAAAUGUAACGUUUUGUAACCGGUGAUAUUUUUCAAGCUAAUAAAAGUUUUAACCCUUCGUAUAGAUCUCUCUUCUACUGGUGGUGAUUUACAAUUGCAGAAAAAUAUUAUAGAAAAGAAUCUUAUAGAGAAACGAAUUUGAAUCUACUUCAUUUCAGCUUUCUAUUUAAUGCAAAAUGAAAUAGACAGCAUUUACGAUAAAAUAUAACAAAAUUAAUUGAAUAAUUAGAAGAAGUGAAAGGUUACAAUAAAAAUAACACAAAAUCGGAAAGUAUAAAUAAUAAUAUGAAUAGUAUAAUAAAAUAUGACAAAAAAACUGAUAGAACAAAUUAACAGGAUAAAAUGAAGUACGAUGAAACGAGAACAAUAUGACAAAGCAUUAAAUAAAAAUAGGAAAAAUAUAAAAUAAAUAAAAUUUAAAAAGAUAAAAUAUAAUCUUUACUUAUUGUUGAUAAAAUUCAUACCUUAAUACCAUCUAAAACAAGAAAAAAAAGUAUAAAGAAUCAAUUAAUUGA